CCGCAGCAUCGAACAGAUAAAAAGUAGCUUGAUGAGAAUCCAAAGUAGUGGAAGUUUGGAGGGGACGCCAUCUUUGGUCCCAGCUCUCCACGUCCCCAACACGGACUGUGUUUUCAGCAGCAUACCACGGCAGAGCUGAGAGGCCUAGGAAGGUAUCGUGGAACAUCUUAAAACCUACAUGUCUUUUCUACAGGCACCAUGGAUGAGCUGCACAGCCUGGACCCCCGGAGACAGGAGCUGCUCGAAGCACGUUUCAUGGGUGGGGUCAGUGGCAGCACGGGGGGCAGCACCUGCAGCACAAGUGUGGGAACCAAAGGAUUGACCAACAAUGAAUGUUCAAAUCAUAGUUUUGGAAGUCUGGGAUCUUUGAGCGACAAAGAGUCAGAGGGGUCAGAGGUAAAAAGAGGCAGCUCUCCUGCUUAUUCAACUCCCGAGAAGAAACAAUCUGAAACUGCCAGAGGCAGAAAAAGGAAACCGGAGAUCCAAUCCGAGAGCAGCCAAGGAAAAUCAUCUGUACGAGGACCCAAAAUAAGUGAUUAUUUUGAUUUCCAGGGAGGAAACGGCUCCAGUCCUGUGAGAGGUCUCCCUCCAGUGCUUCGUUCACCCCAGAACUCACAUUCCCACUCUGCUCAGGGCACUGCUGUUAGACAGAAUAGCUCCUCUCCUACUAAUAUGUCUAUUGGGGACCACAUGACAAAUCCAAAGCAACUAGCCGUCAAAUUUGUUCAGACUGACCUUACAAUUUUAAAACUGGCUGCCCUUGAAAGCACUAAGAAUUUAGACCUUGAGAAGAAGGAGGGCAGAAUAGACGACCUGCUAAGAGCAAACUGUGAUCUCAGGAGGCAGAUAGAUGAGCAACAAAAAUUACUUGAAAAGUAUAAGGAACGCUUGAAUAAAUGCAUCACUAUGAGCAAGAAGUUGCUCAUAGAAAAAAGCAACCAGGAGAAGCAGGCCUGUCGAGAGAAAAGCAUGCAGGAUAGACUACGUUUAGGCCAUUUCACCACAGUGAGACAUGGGGCCUCGUUCACAGAGCAGUGGACGGAUGGCUACGCCUUCCAAAACCUUGUCAAACAGCAGGAGUGGAUAAACCAGCAGAGGGAAGACAUUGAGAGGCAGAGAAAACUUCUUGCAAAGAGGAAACCUCCAUCCUCCAGCAGCUCUCAAGCACCAACCACAAACUCGGAGCCAAAGCAACGCAAAACCAAGGCAGUAAAUGGAGCAGAAAACGAUCCCUUUCUAAAACCCAGCCUACCUCAACUACUGACCCUAGCAGAGUACCAUGAACAGGAAGAAAUCUUCAAACUGCGACUUGGACAUCUGAAGAAGGAAGAAGCUGAGAUCCAGGCUGAGCUGGAGCGCCUGGAGAGAGUGCGCAACCUUCACAUCAGGGAGCUGAAGAGAAUAAAUAAUGAAGACAGCUCCCAAUUUAAAGACCAUCCAACUCUGAAUGAACGGUAUCUGCUGCUCCAUCUCCUGGGGAGAGGGGGCUUUAGUGAAGUUUACAAGGCAUUUGACUUGAUUGAACAAAGAUAUGCUGCAGUGAAAAUUCAUCAACUUAACAAGAACUGGAGAGAAGAGAAAAAGGAGAAUUAUCACAAGCAUGCAUGUCGAGAGUACAGAAUACACAAGGAGCUGGAUCAUCCCAGGAUUGUAAAACUUUACGACUACUUCUCACUGGACACAGACACGUUUUGCACCGUCAUGGAGUACUGCGAGGGCAACGACUUGGAUUUCUACUUGAAGCAGCAUAAGCUAAUGCCCGAAAAAGAGGCACGGUCGAUCGUCAUGCAGAUCGUGAACGCAUUAAAAUACCUAAAUGAAAUCAAACCCCCCAUUAUCCAUUAUGACCUUAAACCAGGUAAUAUCUUGUUGGUAGAUGGCACGGCCUGCGGGGAAAUAAAAAUCACUGAUUUUGGUCUUUCUAAAAUCAUGGAUGAUGAUAACUACGGUGUAGACGGAAUGGAUCUGACGUCGCAGGGUGCAGGGACCUAUUGGUACUUGCCCCCUGAAUGUUUUGUGGUUGGUAAAGAGCCACCAAAGAUCUCCAAUAAGGUGGAUGUGUGGUCAGUGGGUGUCAUCUUUUUCCAGUGUCUGUAUGGAAGGAAGCCUUUUGGCCACAACCAGUCACAGCAGGACAUUCUGCAAGAGAACACCAUACUGAAAGCUACUGAGGUCCAGUUCCCUGUCAAACCUGUAGUCACAAACGAAGCAAAGGCCUUCAUAAGGCGAUGCCUGGCGUACAGGAAGGAAGAUCGGUUUGAUGUUCUCCAGCUGGGAAGUGAUGCCUACCUGCUCCCUCACAUGCGACGAUCAAGCUCCUCUGGAACCCUGCAGAUGAGUGCUGCCAGUUCUGGACUAGCUUCAUCCAGUGUAGUCUCAUAUAUACAGAUUUGAACUGUGACAAUAAAAAAAAAGGUAAAAACUGUCGAUUGAAGUUGCACCUGGAAGGCUCAUCAGAGGCUUGGACCUCUGAGAAGAAAAAGCCAGACACGGGUGCCGGGGAUCUUCUUCCUGACCUGCACCAGGCUUUUACUCGUUUACCAGGACUUGAUCAAUGGAUGGACAUGGAAAAGACGUUUUAAAGGAUACGAGUAAAUGGAUCAUUUUGAUGUUCUGAGAAGAAAAAAAGCACUGAAACUAUUUACUUUGAAGAAAAUGUGACUGGACACCAUGUUCAGCUGUUGCAGAUGGAUAAAGCCUAAAGGGGCUGAAGGGAGAGUUGGCUCCUUGCCAUUUAGAUUUAUUAACACGGUCCUGCCAGGAUGCAAAUUAUUCAGCUGCUAGAAGUUAAUUUACUGUGAGGAGAAAACAUUCAUGUCAAGUAGAACUACAGAAAUUUCACCAAUAAUUUGGAUAAUUUUGUUGCAUAAAUGUUAGGCUUUAGUUUGAAUUACUUAGCCAUGGGAAUGUUAAUGUGUAGCAUACAGGUGACAUCUAGUUACAUGUAGGCUGGAGCAGUGUACUUGCAUAUGUUUAAUGCACAAAAUAACCAAAUGUAGAAAAAAAAAAUGUUAAGACGCUAUGCAGGAAUAUUAACAGAUAAAUUGGAAACUGUAUAUGCUGUAUAGGCGAAUUUUCAAAUUGUGAGCUGCAGCAGUAACAUGUACAAAGUAAAACAUUUUCCCAACAUAAAUUUAGUUUCCUGGA